GGAGGAGGAGGAGGAGGGAGGGGCCCGAGCCGCCGCGCCCAGCUGCUCGCGCCGCUGGCCCCUCGAGGCGCCCGGCGAUGAUAGACUUUGACGAGCUGGAGGCGCUGGAGCAGCAGCGCGCCCAGGAGCGCGCUGGCGCGGGCGGCGCAGGGAAGCAGCCGGGCGACGAGGCGCCGACGGCUGGCGCGGACUGCGCGGGGAAGCCGCCGGCCGACCAGGCGCCGACGACUGACGCGGACUGCGCGGGGAAGCCGCCGGGCGACGAGGCGCCGACGGCUGGCGCGGGCAGCGCGGGCAAGCAGCCAGGCGACGAGGUGGCGGAGCCGCCGCAGCUCGCGGCCCACGCGCGCGCCGCCUCGGGGCCUGCGAGUGCGGUCGCCGCCCCGGCCGCUCCCGGGGACUCGGCCGACACGAGCGGCAGGUCGCUUCCGCCGUGGGAGCCCUACGAGGAGGAGGCCUUCGAGCGCAUGCCGAAGGUCGGCGAUCCUGCCGAGAGGCCCAUGAACAUGAAGCAGUUCAAGGAGGCUGUAAACCUCAACGAGCCAGGUGAUUUCUUCGGCAUGAAGUUUCCUCACACUCCGGAGCAGCUGCGAACGGAGUACGGCCCUGCCUGGCUGACUGCAGCAAUGCACAAGGCAGGCACGCUGCCAGAGGACAACAGGGUGGUCCGCUUCGUCCAGUUCGAUCUCAGGGGCAACGACUCCGAGAAGGGCGUGAAGGACACGGUCGAGGAGAGCAACUGGGGAGGAGCGGCGAUCAAGGUCCUGCUGAGCGUCGAGUACGAGAAGGAACCUGGCGCUCGGGGAUCUCCAAGAGAUAUGUUUGUCAAGAUCCCGCAUCCCUUCAACGGUGUCAACGAGCGCUUCAAGCUGUCCGUCAGCUCUUACGGCAUGGACCUGCGCGAGGCCUUGUUCUACAACCAUUUUGGCGGGAGGCUGCCGGUGCCGACGCCCCGGAACGUGUUCUGCGACUUCUGCCACAAGACGACCAACUUCAUUAUAAUAAUCGAGCGCGUCUCCUAUGGCCAGUCGUGGGACAGCGUCGAGCCUGGCCAGGCGUAUCCCGCUCCAGGGAAAUACAGGGACUGGGCCUACCCGAAGAUGGGCGCGGACCUUUAUUCCAGAUAUUAUGCUCACGCACGAGCGCUUGCACAGUUUUUUGGCUGGCAGCAUCGAACUAACCAGAAGACUGAUCAGGUGCAGCGGCUUUUUAUCGAUGAAAUGACAUGGGGCGUGAAACAAUAUUCUUUUGAUAUCGUGCGCCAUAUGAGGCCACAGGAAAGAGAUGAAUGGUUCCUGAGCGCCACUCAAGAUCCAGAGUGGAUACCUGUCAUAAAGGAAUGCGGGUUUCCCCCAGAUGUUGCCUCAGGCUUUCUGGCAAUGGCCGAGGAGUUCAUUAGAGGGCCUGGUGCCCAUACUUUCCCAAAGGAAUUUAUGACCACAGCCUACCUGGAUAGAUUUUUCUCGGAGGCACGUGAAAUGGGUCAGUAUGUAGCUGAGAUGAGCUUCUGGGACCAGAUGCACCCUGAGCUUUGGAUGCUUUGUCACCCCAACGCCCAACUAGACAACGCAUUCUACUGGAAGAAUGCGGCAGGCGACAUAAGAUGUGGACUCAUUGACUUUGGCAUGACCCAGUACAAUUCCAUGACUAGCUGCAUUGGCAACGGCUGGAUGGGUGCAGAGUACGACAUGUUAGAUGAGCACGAGGAGGGCUUAGUGAAAUGCUUCAUAGACUGCUACCACACGGAAACAGGUGUACGAUUCGACUACGAUGAUUUCUACAUGCAUGUAAAAUUGACGCAGGCGAUCGUAUUUUAUGGAUGCUGUGUAAACGUGCGGUGGUUGUAUUCUCGAGAAGGAUGCUUGGAAGGACAUCAAGGACAGGAGGGACAAAAGGGUCGACAAUGCUUUCCUUAUUCGCUGCUAUUACGUGCAGCUUGUACUUUUUUUGGGAAUGUGGAGGCGGCGCAGCCCUUACGCCAUGUUCCGGAGGUGGAUAGCGAGGACCAAGUUACCUGCGAAGGUCUGAGCAAGGCGGACGUAUAA